AUAUUUCAGACAUUGACAAUAUUCGGGGGCUGCAUGUAUGCCCUCAACGUCGAUUGCGAAUAGGACAUUUCAUUUGCAGACGACAAAACACUAGAUGAAACGUGCGAUCGCGAUCGGCAAAUAAUGAUCUAUUACAUCCAUGGACAUAGUAGGUACAUGACCCAUCUCAGCUCAAGCAAUCGAAGCAAAUGAAUAGAGCAUCGUAACAACGUUUCACUUUGCUAUCCACUGCACAGAUACCCGGACCUGUUCUGAAUCUUGUCAUCAACAAUAUUCAGCAAUGGGGGUUCACAGCGACCUGGGAUCCACCAACUGGUGGCAACACCCCAGAGUUUUACAAUGUGACCAUAACAAAUACUAACACCAAUGAUGUGUAUGAGAGAUCCUUACUCCCCAGUACUGAUGGGUCAUAUGAGAUUGAUCAUCUCUACGAUGAUACCACUUACAUGUUCGGCGUUGUGGCUGUCAACUCUGAUGACCAAGGGGGAACACCAGUUGAAAAUGCUGGCAUCAAUAUUCCAGCUUGCCAACUGUGCACGAGCAGUGAUAAUGUAGGAUCAAACUUUUUUCAACUGAUUUUCCCUGCUACGGGUGUGAACACCAUUCUCUCUGGAAGAACUGUGGACGCGUCCACAGAACUUACUGUAGCACCGCGUGCAAUCGGCCCACAGUUAACAUCCAUAUUUUAUCUGGGGCUUCAAGGGGGUUUACUGUAUGAACUGCAAAUGACCGACUCCAAUACACAAGCCAUUGUUUACUCAUCUCGGCAUAGAACAGUUCCUAAUCCGGCAACAAACCUUCUGCUGAGCCCUGAUUCCAGUACCAGCGUACAAGUGACGUAUGAGCAGCCUAUCGGAACUCAGUAUCACAAGUAUGAUGGCUUCAGGAUCACGUAUGGUGAUCAAGAACGCUUCGUGGGAAGUAGCGAUACGUCGGUGGUAAUCGAUGGUCUACAAGCGGGGAUUUCAUACACUUUUGAAGUUCAGACGUUCAGUGGCGAGUUAGCUGAUCGUACAUACUCUAAUCCUGCAACCGGUGACAUAGUUCUUGUUGAUUUGUUUUUGGAAGCGAAUGCUACUACAUCGUUGUCAGUCGCGUGGGCCCUCCCCAGCAUUGUAGGCAGUGGAUUUCAGAUCCGAUACAGCAUUUUGGGUGCUUCAUCUUUCACCACUUUACCAUUUGGUCCGACUGUAACCACUGCUACACUGGAAAACCUAGAUCCUGGUCAGAUUUACAGGAUCAACCUCUACAUUGUGACAGCCGGGGGAACAGACCUUCUAGCAGGAGCCGAAUUUCAAACAAUUCCUGAUGUUGUGAGUGAUAUCUUGGGGGAAACCAUGGACACCAGUAUAGCUUUAUCAUGGACCCCUCCUCCAGGCAAAGCAGAUUAUUACCUCGUCAUGUACGACCCUGACUACGGGUCAACUAAUUUCCUCUCAGAGGCAUCAAAUCCGGAAUUCAACAUCGAAGGGUUGGAUCCCGGAAUUGAGUAUGAAGUUAGCAUCAUAUCUGUAGCUGGUUCAGCACGGAGUUCUGCAGCAAGUGAAACUUUCAUGACAGAUCUUGGAGAUACAAGUUUGAUUCGACUGAAGGAAAUCUCUGCUACAUCUUUAUCUGUGACCUGGAGUCCCAAUCAGUUUGCUACUACGUACACGGUCUCCAUUUCCCCAACUGGGGGAAACCCUGCGUUUCCCGUAUCUGCUACCAGUAGACUAUUUGCUGAGUUUGCUGGGUUGUCAGAAGGCACUCUGUAUACAGUCACAUUGGUAGCAACUCCCUCUAGUAUUCCUUCUUUGACAGCUGACUUCAAAACAAAUCCCUCCCCUCCAGGCCCUAUUUCACCAAGCAAUGUUCUUCCACGAAGUGCUACAUUAUCUUGGGGUGCUUCAUCUGGUGCUGACGAAUAUAGUUUCACAGUGUCUUCGGGCGAAAAUGUGAUCGUUGAAAUGCGCACAGCUGAUUUGUCAGUGGAUCUUACGGAAUUGGAGCCAGAAACAUUGUACUCUGUCGUUAUUUUUGCUGAAUCAACCCAACAGGGAUUAACUAGCCAGAGUGGAGAACAAAGUGUUGAUUUUGAGACACUCCCAGCCGUUAUUUCGUUAGGUACAAUCACCACAACCUCAGUGCGUGUCUUAGGAACAUCAGACACACAGAGGAUUGAAUACACUCCUAGUGAUGGCUCAUUUAUUUCUGGAUCUCAAGGAGAUGAAGGUAUGACAAUUCUGGAAGACUUGACGCCAGGGCAGGAAUACACAAUCACCAUCACAGUAAAUUCUGCCAAUGUGGAUCAAGUAACAUUCUUCACAUACCCUGAAGUACCUCAAGGUGUAGGCCUUACAUUAGGUGACCCUGAUACAAGUUCUGUCUUGGUGGAAUACGAUGCUCCUUCCUCCGGAUUAUAUGAUGGUUACCUCAUCACCUACGCAGGGGAAUCGGUAGGAUUCGAUGGGAAUGAACCGUCCCCCAUCACAGCGGAAGCAUCUUCCACUCAGACAACUAUCACUGGCCUUACCCCUGGCACUGUGUAUACAGUGAACGUGGUGUCCACAGUGAAUGAUGGAACUACCAUCAGCUCUCGCACCACCAGAUCUAUUACUACAGAGAGAGGAGCUGAUGCCAGUUUCUAUGUCUUCUCCAAGACAACCAACUCUAUCAUCAUCAAGUUUGCUCAGAUUGGGGGUACCAACACCGCAACCGCGACUGAGCAAAACGGACCCGUAACUAAUGGUGAUGAAACAACUGGACAGUUCACCUUCCUGAAUUUGACACCUGGCACAGUCUAUGAUGUAACCCUUAGAAUAUCUCGUGCUGGUCAAAGUGCUGUCACCACCUCACAGAUGGUGCAAACACUACCAAACACACCGACUUCUGUAGCUGCUGUUUCCUCCGAUGAAUCUCCAGCUAUCACUGUAACUUGGCAACCGGUUGACGGGGGAGUGUCUAGUUACCGACUUCGCCUCAUCCCACCAGCGGGUGGCGCCGAAACGUCCCUUUUGAUAAUUGCAGGCUUGGAUACUAGUUAUGUUUUUGAUAAUGUUCAGCCUUCAACGGAGUAUGAUGUGACUGUGACUGCUGUAGCUAGAGAUGAGGCAUUAGAAGAAGAGAGUUACCCAGCAACUGUACAAGUCACCACUGAUCCAAGAACAUUCACUUUCACCAGUCUAACCACAACUAGUUUUGUAUUGUCUUUUGAGGCUGUGGCUGAUGCACUUAUCUACGAAAUUUAUGAUGGCAUACAUGAUGAUUCUCAACAAUUUCCAACUUUACCAUAUCAGUCACUUACUGACUAUCAACCGGGAUCUCUUCUCCAAGUGACUGUAUUUGCUCUGACUUCUAGUGGGGGAACUUUAUUGGUCGGCUCUCAAGAUGUCUUGCUCAAGCCUGAACAAGUAUCUGACUUCAGUCUGACAGCGACAAUUGACACAUUGACAGUAUCUGGUAUCAAUCCAGGGAAUGGUCUUGUCGACAUCAUUGAAAUAGAGUAUGGUACGGAGGGCAUAGCGUACAUCCUUCCAUCAGUCUCUGAGAAGAAGAUAGAGUUUCUACAACAAUCUACCUCAUACCCGGUCAGGGUAUAUGCUGUGGUCUAUGCUGGAGGAUUGUCACAGAGAAGUGAUGUGAGGGAGAAGUCAACUUUUACACUGACUGGAUUGCGAGCAUCUCCUGUCGUUACUGAGAUUACUGCAAAUACCAUCGCAAUAUCGUGGACAGAGUUCACUCCAUACACCCAUCACAUCUUUAUCCAAGAGAAAGAUACCGAUGUCAUAUUAGAGGAAGCGAGUUACGUUACGGCUGAUCGGACCACCACACACACAUUCAAUGUGCAGCCUGCAACGUUGUAUCAAGUGACAAUAGAGGCGAUUAGUAGUGGUGAAAUCAUCAUUGAAACAAAUCUCAAGGAUGUGCGAUCAUUGCCUGAAGCAGUAACAUUUGCCCAGAUGACCUCGGUUGACCUUACAUCGAUUGCCCUAAUAUGGGACAUUCCUGACAAUGCUAGAUCUGAUGGCUUUGAAGUGAGGGUGCUCCCUCCACCCUCGCCUGGGAAUUACCCCAUCAUCGUGAACGAUCAGGUGUAUACUGUCCGAAGCCUUCGACCAGGGACUGUCUAUGAUAUCCAGGUGUUGAGUCUAUCAGGACAAGCUGAUAACUGCCAGACAUUCGGUACUCCUUUUGAAAUCGUCACAACCACAGAAUCUUUGGAUGUCCUUGAGAUUGUAGCCGUGGACAUCUAUGAUACGAGAGCAUCAGUGGAAUUCUCUGCUACCAAUCUCAUGCUUCAAGAUGUAAACGAAUAUGAGAUAGCAGUCACCCCAUCGGCUGGAGGCAUGGCUCAGAUCAUCACAGUUACAAAGGGCAUCUACACUGCAGAUAUCACAGACCUGAUUGGUGGUACAAGUUAUGAUGUGCUACUAUCAGCUGUACUGUUGAACAGCGAGAAAGACAACGAUACAGCAACAACAACAUUUGUAACCUUGCCCAAGGCUCCUGUCAGUGUGACAGAGGUAUCGGCAGGUUUCUUCUCAUUCACCGUAGAGCUUGAGCCUCCGGUUAACAGUAGCUACGAUGGCUUUGUCAUCACAGCUAACGGUGAAUCAAAACAAAUCCUUCAAGCCCAAGCUAAUUACCAGGCUACCUUUGAGAACUUGAUUCCUGGGGAGACUUACAGCGUGGAUGCAUACUCCUUUCUGCUAACACCAGAUUUGACAAGUCAGGCCCUCAUGGAUUUCACCCCAGUUUCUGUAACAACAGCUACACCUGCCCCUGGUGAAGUAACUGUUCAGUCAAUCACCUCAACCUCGAUCACAGUCAGCUGGGGAGCUGUGCCUGCGUCUCAGUAUUCUGUCACUAUCAGCCCGUUAGAAGGACAGCGUACAGAAAAUAUCCUGAGCAGAAAAGUUGACUUCACGCAGCUUACUCCAGGGAGGUUGUAUACUAUCACCCUCAUCUCAUCAUCACUCAUCACUGGGGAAUUAGAAUCAAGUGUGAUGCAACGCACAGCUCCGUCUCCACCAUCAGCACUGGUUGUCGAGACUCUUGAUGCGGAUGAUACAAUAGGCCUUCAGCUUAGCUGGGCGCUACCAACGACAGGAGAAUGGGAUGCCAUUAAGUAUGUAUCGAAAUUGAAAUUAAGCAUAUAUUAUUCAUUCAAAUUUUUUUUUACUGGGAAAAGUUUACAGAUCACUUUACAAAAAGAAGUAAUCAUAGAUAGGUACAGUAAUGGUAAAAUAGAGUCAUAACAGCUUCAGUUUAGUACAUUAAAUCAAUUUGGUACAUGAAAUCAGUUUUGUACGA